GCUUGUGACGUACACGAAACAAGGAAACACCUUGCGAGGAGCGCUCACUGCUCACGACAGCUGAUCUCGAUAGUCCACCAUAAUAUCAACAUGUCAGUGCUACAGCGACUGUGGGGAUCGCAUCCUAAAGAAAAAGAAAAACUUGAUGAAAAGCAGUCUGUGGAGGUGGAGGAGAUUACAGACGAUCAGCCACACAACCCGUACUCCGAGAUCCUUGUUUUACACCAACACACGGACAUCGUCCGCACACUGCUCAAGAUAGAUCACAAAAGGUGUGCAUCUGCAGGGGAUGAUGGGAAGGUGAUCAUAUGGGACAUCCAGAUCGGGAAGAAGCUACAAGUCCUGAGUGGCCACUCCCAUCGUAUCACCUGUAUGUUGCUGUUGAUGCCUCGAAGAGACUUCACAGAUGAUUGGCUGCUUCUGACUGGGUCGUCCGAUAAACAGAUCAGGGUGUGGGACAUUGACACUGGAACCUGUCGACAUGUCAUCACCGAACAUAACAGCUCAAUCAAGUGUCUGGUGAUGAUGGGGGAUGGGGAGAUGUUCUGUGGGGGAGGAGAGCACUUGUCUGUGUGGAGGCAUGAUGGCAAACUCCUGCACAUGGCACGUCGCAAGGAUCAAGAAGAUAUCUCGCUGAUGAUUGUGGUGAAGACAGAUCAUAUUGUCACAGCUGCCGACAAGCAACUUGUCGUCUACUCUGUGGUGAACCCGAUGACUGGCGGGGAGCCGGAUGACAAGGAGAUCUCACUGGUGAAGAAGCUGCCCUCACACCGGGAGGCCAUCCACAGCCUCAUCAGCAUCUCGGAGUCCUGUUUUGCAAGCGGAUCUAUCGAUGGGACAAUUAUUUUGUGGACGUCACAGAACUUUCUGCCUGCCAAGACCUUCAACACUGUGUCGGAGUAUGUGGGGGACAAACACUUGUAUCCAUACAGUAUCCAGAGCAUGUUCUGUGUUCAAGAGAGAUACCUGUUUGCUGCGAUGGGCUCUGGGUUCUGUAUGUUUGAUGUGAGUGUUGGUAAGGAGAGAGUCGCUGUAAGGAAGUUGGCGGCACACUACUCCAAGAUUCUCCAUAUUGGACUGGCUUGUGAUGGAGCAUUUUUGGUGACCUCUUCGGAGGACGGGUCAAUUCGUCUGUGGGGCCGAGCGCCGGCUUGUGGGGACUAUGAUGGUGAUUAUCUGAGUCUGUUGUUGCCCAUGGAAAGGUUCACUGGUCUAAGUGGAGAGCAACUGAAGCAAGUCAACUUUGCUGAACACACACUGGACGUGUCAUUACUAGGAGAAUGUGUGGCCCAUUCAGGGUCUGUGCAGACAUUUAUGGACUUUGACCAUGAGGGCUUGGUGUCCUGUGGCACGGAUGGCCUGGUCAUUGUGUGGAAGAAUGCUGAGCUCCAGAAAGUAAGAAGGAACCAGAAAGUGCGGGAGAUUCUCCUGUCAGUAGACGGCAUCGUGUGAGAUGUUGCUGGGAGAGACGGGAACGUGCAAUUGUCAACAAGUCUCAAGGUGGCCUCCACAAACUGAAGGAGACCAUGCCGUUGUUGUGCAAAGGGAUCUUAGCGCUAAGGUGAUCGUAACUCCCAUACUUGAACAUCGGCUUACGACAGUCGUAGCACUAAGGUUGUUUUGUACAGCGGAACCCAGGACUGUUAAAUGAGGAAUUUGCAAAAAUGGUUUGUCAUUCUGUAUGAAGCAUUUCUGCAGAUAUCUGAUGUGCCCUGCUGUAAGGGAGCAUUUCGGCUGGAAAACCUUGACUCACCGUGGAUCCAUUGGUCAUGUUUUCACAGAGUGAUAAUGUUGUUAGACUGAGUACUCAGGUGUUUAAGUGAAGCACUGAUGUCUUAUACAUUCCAAAAUAUUCCACUUGGCGGACAGCACUGGAAAGAAUGUGUUACAUGAAGAAUAAAUAUACUUGCAACUAUU